UCCACAACACCUAUAAAUACCUCCCCCACCCUUAUUUCUCACCUCCUCUCUCCCGGAAUUCGUUCAGCUUUUCUCUCUCUUCGUUCAUCAGAAAUCUGCAGCUUUGUUGGAGAUCACAAUCCGAUGGCUUCGAAGAUCCAGCAACGACAUUUGAAGGAGUCAAGAACUUGCUACUUCCUCGUGAUCUGCGCCGCCUCCGUCUUCAUCUAGUAGCUAGGGUUUUUCUCAGAGAGAGCUAUCCGCCGUUCUUUUCGCCGUUGAUUGAGGGUUUAAGGGAUGCCGUGGGCUAAGCCCGACCCAAUGGACAAAGACGCAGAGCCCUUCAUCGAGGCGGACCCCGGCCGAUACGCUGACCUACUGGGUACUGGCGCCGUCAAGCGGGUGUACAGAGCCUUCGACCAAGAAGAAGGCAUCGAGGUUGCAUGGAACCAAGUGAAACUCUCGAGCUUCGCUAACGAUGAGCGAAUGCUCGACCGCCUCUACUCUGAGGUCAAACUCCUGAAAUCCCUCCGCCAUGAAAACAUCAUCUCGCUCUAUAAAGUCUGGACCGAUACGAACAAAAGGACACUGAAUUUUAUAACGGAAGUUUGCACGUCAGGGAAUUUGAGGGAGUAUCGGAAGAAGCACCGACAUGUGUCGGUGAAGGCACUGAAGAAGUGGUCGAGGCAGAUAUUGAGGGGGCUGGAGUAUUUGCAUGACCAUGAGCCGUGCAUUAUUCACAGAGAUUUGAAUUGCAGCAAUGUGUUCAUCAAUGGCAAUGUUGGGCAGGUUAAAAUCGGCGAUCUUGGUCUCGCGAAAAUAGUUGGAGAGAGCCAUGCAGCACACUCAAUACUCGGGACUCCAGAAUUCAUGGCACCAGAGCUCUACGAAGAAGAAUACACCGAGCAAGUAGACAUAUACUCCUUUGGUAUGUGUGUUCUCGAGAUGGCAACCCUCGAAAUACCCUACAGCGAAUGUGACAGCAUCCCCAAGAUCUAUAAAAAAGUCUUGGCCGGAACAAUGCCUGCAGCUCUCGAGAAGGUGAAGAACCCCGAGGUCAAGGCCUUCAUCAAACGAUGCAUCGCUAAGCCUAGAGCAAGGCCCUCUGCCGCUCAACUUCUGAAGGAUCCCUUUUUCAAUGGACUUGAUGAUGACGAUGCUGUUCAGUUCUCUUCUGUUGAUGAGAAGAACUGGAAACCGUCAGAUGCUGAUCUCACUACUCUCAAGGUACUGUGAUGUUAGUGGGUUAUAUUGUGAACAGCGGUGUCGGUGUCAAGUGGGGACCACCCACAUGUGUGUGAGGAGAUAACGUCAUGUGAGCAAAUAACGUGUGAGGAGAUAGCAAUCAGUUUAUUUCAAUCCACUCACAUGUUUGCUGCUCACCCGAGAGGCCCUCAUCCGUUUAUUUCAAUCCUCUAUAAAUAGAAUAGUAGGGGUUCCUAGGUUUCGCUGCUAGGUGGGGAAAUUUCUUUUAGCCGGCUGCAGUCAAGCAACGGGAACAGCGGCUUUUGGAAGAAAAUUGCGGCUAAAGGACUGGGUCCUUUUUCGGCAGCAAGGGAAAAAGCAACAGGAGCAAGCAGCGGGCAGAGGCUUUCUUUUGGCGGCUGUGCAGAGGAAGAAAAAGAGAGAGAGAUCUUGAGAGGAGAGAAAAAAAGAGAGAUUCUACAAAA